AUGAAUCGAUACCUAACGCUCAGCCAGCUCGGGGAUGGUACGUACGGUACCGUCGUCCUUGGCCAGCGCAAGGACACCGGUGAAAAGGUCGCCAUCAAGCGCAUGAAGCGGAAAUACUACUCCUGGGAGGAAGCCAUGAGUCUUCGGGAGGUGAAGUCGUUGAAAAAGCUCUCCCAUGCCAACGUAGUGAAGCUGAAGGAGGUGAUACGGGAGAACGAUGUCCUGUACUUCGUGUUCGAGUACAUGCAGGAGAAUCUCUACCAGCUGAUCAAGGAUCGCGAUACCCACUUCCCGGAGGCGACGAUAAGACUGAUACUGCAGCAGAUUCUCACCGGUCUGGCGUUCAUGCAUCGGCACGGCUUUUUCCACCGGGACCUGAAGCCGGAGAACGUGCUCUGCAGUGGACCGGAAACGGUAAAAAUAGCCGACUUUGGGCUCGCGCGGGAGAUACGCUCCCGUCCGCCGUAUACGGAUUACGUUUCGACGCGAUGGUAUCGUGCUCCGGAAGUACUUCUACACUCAACUAGGUACGGUAGUUCCAUAGAUCUUUGGGCGGUGGGAUGCAUCAUGGCGGAGCUGUACACGUUUCGGCCAUUGUUUCCCGGUUCCAGCGAGGUCGACCAACUGUUUAAGAUAUGCUCCGUCUUGGGCACGCCCGACAAGACGGACUGGGCGGAGGGCCAUAAGCUGGCCGCAACGAUCCAGUUUCGAUUUCCGGAGUGCCCAAGGAUUCCCCUAGCAACCCUGGUGACACGUGCCAGCACCGCCGGCAUUCAAUUGUUGGAGGAUCAGCUCCAGUGGGACCCGGAAAAGCGACCAACUGCGCAGCAAUCAAUGAAGUACCCGUACUUCGGCUCGACAAAGUCCCGCACGUCGGCGCAUCAUACGACGAACGGUGCGUCCACAACUAACACGUUAUCCCAGCAUAAUCAGCCGGCAUUUGCGAACGGUUCCAACGGGCGACUGUCCAUCAUGGAGCUGGCUCCCAACGCCAAGCACCCGCGGGACGCCGAUGCGAGCAAUGGCAACUACAAACCGAUCAGCAACAGCGAGCUGAACGAGCUGAACUCGAUGCUGAGCCUGUCGCGCGUAUCCGAGGUACCGUCCAACGUGACGUCCCAGCAGUCGCAAGCACCCUACGCCACUGACGGCGGGGGUAAAGCAACACGGUUCCAGAGUGGCAUCAACUACAGUGUGCUGAACGAGAUGCUCAACAGCUACAACGCGGGCCUCGGCGUUCCGGCGCAGGGCAGACAAUUCCGGAGCGAUGGAGUAGCUCCUUUCAGCAAGCCGAUCGUGGCAACCGAGCCGAACAGUGUUGCCCAGGGGACCGACGUUGGUCACACCACGAACACGAACGGGGUCGGAUCGGUGGUCAGCUACUCCAUCAUCAAACCCGCGAUAGUGAGCGUGGCCGAACGGGGUGCGACGGAGUUGCCGGUAGUACCGGUGGGGGUGGCCAGCGGGCGGAAGGAAAAGGUGAACGAUAUCUUCGUGACACGAAACCCCGACUACCAUCAUCAGCAGGGUGCUUCGAAGCCAGGCGUGGCGCGGGUCCUUCCGGUGCUAGACAGUGACGAUUCGAGCUUCUUCGGAAGUGGCUUUUACCUGCACAAGAAAAACUCGGUCCCGACGGGGAAAACGGGCACCAGUGCCGCCAGUGUCGGGGGUGGUAGCGAUGGUGCGCUGGGUGGUACGGGGCGCACCGGUGGGAGUGGAAUGUUUCGCGACGGUUUUGCUCAGGAUGGCAAGGUGUACAAUGCGUUCUCGAAGCAACCGAUGCUGAUGUCGCGGAAGACGGACGAAGACCUGAAGCUGUAUCGGAACCGCAAUGGGACAAUGAACCGCGCGAUUCAUGGCCACUUCAGCAAAAGCUGGGAGCCCACGAACCAGCAGGGUGGCAGCUUUGAGGACGAUGCGCUAGAGGACAUUCUGGGGAGCCGAGUUAAAGCGACCAACAAGAAAACCACGAACGACUUCAAACUGGAGGACCUAUUUGGCACCAUGUCGUUCAGCAAGGACACGACCACCUCCAAGUACCCGAACACGGUUCCAUUUGCAAAGGGAAGUACGAAGAACGUCGGUGCUGGCGGAACGAUGGCGGAUAUUUUCGAUAACUCGGCGGCGAAACCGUCGCACUCAAGUGCAAACGUUGCGCCGCGGAGGAAAAACCCGCAGCAGAUCUUCGUUUCCAACAAUGGCAAUCUGGGCAGCAACGAGUUUACCGGCAUUAAUGCAUCCUUCAAGCUGUUCCCCUGGGACGAUAUAGCGCCGAAAAACGCGGGCGAAAAGAAGCAAUGGGUACCGGAGGGUGGAGUAUUGGCGUACGUCGGAACCGGGAAUGAUCACACCGGACGGACAGAUUGGGCCGCCAAGUACCUGAGCAAAUAAAGGAUCGGCACACUUUAUGCAGGCCUCACGUUGCGUUGCAUUGUAGCCUUUUGUUCUCGUUCUGUCUAGGAAACUAUCUGUGAUAGAUCAGCGUAACAUUAGACAAUUGAAACAGUUGUUACGGCGUUGAUGUGUUUUCUGGUUAAUAUUCUAACUGUAAACAAUGUAUAG